UGUAUAAAUUUAGAGAAAGUAAUAUAGAACACAGAUCGUGUAAAAUUAACCAUAAGUGGGCACCAUUGCACACGUGGAGAGGUUCUAACCAAAGCGGAUAUAUUUAUGAAUGUAAUUUCUAUUUAAGCAUAAUUUCCACAUAUAAAAAUGACUUAUAAAGUUAUAGUUGAUUCUAAAAAUCCUCCAACAGAUGCAUUGAUAGUAUUAGAGGUAAUCAAUUCCCAAAAUAAGGAAAAAAUUGAAAUAGUUUGGUGCAAUGAUUGGAAGGAUGAUGGAAAUAUACAACUAACUGAUAGUCAAAAUAAAAUAUUGGGAAAAAGAAGCAGUGAUGUUAGUCGCUAUUUUGCUAGAACUACAUGUACAGAUCUUUAUGGUGGUGUCAAUCCUCGUGAAAAGACUGAAGUUGAUCAUUGGUUAUCAUUUGCGAUCGGACCUCUUGAAUUUUAUCCAUUAAAGGAAGAUGCACUUUCUUAUUUAGAUAACAUAUUGAUGACAAACACUUGGUUGGUCUCCAAAAAAUUAACAAUUGCUGACAUCCAUGUAUUUUGUACUCUUGUAGAUAAGAAAUUUUUGACACAGUUCGAAAAAAAAUUUAUUAAUAUAACCAGAUGGUAUAAACAGAUGCUUUCAUUAUCAACUGUAACAAAAGCAUUACUUUUAGUUAAAAAGAAUGCUAAAUUAUCUCUUCAUAAUAAUGUACAAUCUGAGAAAACUAUUAAUAAACAAACAGGGCAAAGAAAGCAAGAAGGUAAAUUUAUCGAUUUGCCUGGAGCAGAAAUGGGUAAAGUCAUAGUACGUUUCCCACCAGAAGCAAGUGGCUAUUUACAUAUCGGUCAUGCUAAGGCUGCCUUGUUAAAUCAAUAUUAUGCACAAACAUUUCAAGGACAAUUCAUUAUGAGAUUCGACGAUACAAAUCCUGCAAAAGAGAAUGUAGAGUUUGAAAAAGCUAUUCUAGAAGAUUUAGAGUUACUGCAAAUUAAACCAGAUCGAUUUACUCAUUCUUCUGAUUACUUUGAUUUGAUGUUGGAGUACUGUACUAAACUGAUAAAAGAUGGUAAGGCAUAUGUAGAUAAUACACCAGCUGAUAUAAUGAAAGAACAGCGUGAUCAGAAAUUGAUGUCAUCAAACAGAAAUAAUUCUAUUGAACAGAAUCUUGAAUUAUGGAAUGAGAUGCAGCAGGGUACAGUUAAAGGUCAGGAAUGUUGUGUUAGAGCAAAGAUUGAUUAUCAAUCUACAAAUGGAUGUUUACGAGAUCCAACAAUUUAUAGAUGCAAACCAGAACCACAUCCUCGUACUGGAACAAAAUAUAAGGUUUACCCAAUAUAUGAUUUUGCUUGUCCUAUUGUCGAUGCUAUCGAAAACGUUACUCAUACUUUACGUACAACAGAAUAUCAUGACAGAGAUGUUCAAUUUUAUUGGAUAAUUGAUGCCCUGGGAUUGAGACGUCCUUAUAUAUGGGAAUAUUCACGUUUGAAUAUGACACACACAGUUUUAUCAAAAAGAAAAUUAACUUGGUUUGUUGAUCAAGGUUUAGUUGAUGGUUGGGAUGAUCCACGCUUUCCAACAGUAAGGGGUAUUCUGAGAAGAGGGAUGACAGUUGAAGGAUUGAAACAGUUUAUUAUUGCUCAAGGUAGUUCAAAAUCUGUCGUUUUCAUGGAAUGGGAUAAAAUAUGGGCAUUUAACAAAAAAGUUAUUGAUCCAGUUGCUACUAGAUAUACUGCUUUGGAAUAUAAUAAAAUUGUACCAGUGCAUAUAGAUGAUGCGAAGGAAGAAUGGUUAACUGUUCAAAAUCAUCCAAAAGAUACAUCAAAAGGCACUAAACAAGUAUUAGUAGGAUCACAGGUAUAUAUAGAAAGAGAUGAUGCAAAUUUGCUAACUGAAGGUCAAAAUGCUACCUUCAUUAAUUGGGGUAACAUUUUAAUAAAAAAAAUUGAAAGAGAGGAUGAUGUUAUUAAACGAGUUGUAGCACAAUUAAAUUUAGAAAACAAAGAUUAUAAAAGUACAUUAAAAAUUACAUGGUUAUCGAUUCCGUCUGAUAAAAAUCAUGAUGUUAGUAAAGUUAAUCUAAUUCCAUGCUACGCUGUUUAUUUUGAUCAUAUUAUAAGUAAGUCAAUAUUGGGAAAGGAUGAUGAUUACAAAGAUUUCAUUGCAAAAAAUACAAGAACAGAGAUACAAAUGCUUGGAGAAGUAGCAUUAAAACAUGUGGAAAAAGGAGAAAUAAUUCAAUUACAAAGAAAAGGAUUUUUCAGAUGCGAUGUAUCUUAUGCUCCUGUUAGCCCAUUUUCUUCUAGAGAACAGCCUUUAAUAUUAUUUCAUAUUCCAGAUGGCCAUACUACAAAUAUAACAAAAUCCAUACCUACUGGUAAUAUACCAGCAUCUGUUAAAGAAAUUUCUCAAAAAAAUAAACAAACACUAGAUGCGAACUUAAUUAACAAAAAAAUUGUUGUACAAUUAGAAGAAACUGGGACACCAGGUACAACUUUAAACAAAUCGCAAAUGAUAUCUGAUGAAAAUAAAUUAUCUGAAAAUACAUUGUCUGAAAAUAUUAUACAACAAGAAAGCAGAAUUAAAGAAUUACAAUUGAAGAUAAAUCAAGAAAUGCAACGACUUUCGAAUUUAAAAACAGAAUAUAAAAAUAAAACUGGUAAUGAGUGGACUGGAGUCAAAAAUCAAAAUAUAACAAAAGAUAUAUUAAUAGAAACGCAUGCUGUAAGAUUAUAUAAUGAAAUUAAAAAACAAGGAGAUAAAGUAAGACAAUUAAAAAGUUUGAAAGCAGAAAAAAGUGUUAUCGAUGAAGAGGUAAAAAAACUUUUGGCUUUGAAGUCAGAUUACAAAUCUGUUACUGGUCAAGACUGGAAACCAUCUACUAUUCCAACAACUGAUGUAACGAAUACAGACGAAAAUUCUGCUGCCAAAAUAUCAGAAAGUAUACAAAAACAAGGAGAUAAAGUAAGACAAUUAAAAAGUUCGAAAGCAGAAAGAAGUGUUAUCGAUGAAGAGGUAAAAAAACUUUUGGCUUUGAAGUCAGAUUACAAAUCUGUUACUGGUCAAGAUUGGAAACCAUCUACUAUUCCAACAACUGAUGUAACGAAUACAGACGAAAAUUCUGCUGCCAAAAUAUCAGAAAGUAUACAAAAACAAGGAGAUAAAGUAAGACAAUUAAAAAGUUUGAAAGCAGAAAAAAGUGUUAUCGAUGAAGAGGUAAAAAAACUUUUGGCUUUGAAGUCAGAUUACAAAUCUGUUACUGGUCAAGACUGGAAACCAUCCACUAUUCCAACAACUGAUGUAACGAAUACAGACGAAAAUUCCACUGACAAAAUGUCAGAUGGUAUACAAAACCAAGGAAAUAAAGUAAAAAAGUUAAGGGAAAUUAAAGCAGUUAAAAGUAUUAUUGACAAGGAAGUAAAAGUUUUAUUAGAUUUGAAAAAUAAUUAUAAAGCACAUACAGGACAAGAAUGCAAGUCAAUACCUGAUAUGUCUAAGAAGAAAAAAGAAGAUGUUUCUAAACGCGAAAAGCAGAACACAUCUAAUAAAGAAAUAAGUAAAAAUGAAAGCAUGAAAGAUGUAGAUAUAGGUAAAACAAGAUUAGGAUUAGAGGCAGGAAAAGAAGAAAAUUUCUUUGAGUGGUAUUCUCAGAUUAUUACUAAAAGUGGUAUGAUUGAGUAUUACGAUGUAUCCGGUUGUUAUGUUUACCGCCCGUGGAGUUUUGCUGUGUGGAAAAUAAUAAAAGAAUACAUUGACAAAGAAAUAACACAAAUGGGUGUACAAGAAUGUUAUUUUCCUAUGUUCGUUACACGAACAGUAUUAGAAAAAGAAAAAAAGCACAUAGCAGAUUUUGCUCCUGAAGUUGCAUGGGUAACAAAAUGUGGAGAAUCAGACUUAGCAGAACCUAUUGCUAUAAGACCAACAUCAGAGACUGUAAUGUAUCCUGCUUAUGCCAAAUGGUUAAAAUCUGAUACUGAACUUCCUUUAAAACUUAAUCAAUGGAAUAAUGUUGUAAGAUGGGAAUUUAAAGAUCCUAAACCUUUCUUACGUACAAGGGAAUUUUUGUGGCAAGAAGGUCAUUCUGCUUUUGCUACUAAAGCUGAGGCUGAUGAAGAAGUCAUGAUCAUUUUAGAUCUAUAUGCAAGAGUGUAUGAAGAAUUGUUAGCAGUACCUGUUGUUAAAGGCCGUAAAACGGAAAAAGAGAAAUUUGCUGGUGGUGACUACACUACCACCGUUGAAGCUUUUAUUUCAACAAGUGGCCGCGCGAUACAAGGAGCGACAAGUCAUCAUCUCGGACAAAAUUUUUCUAAAAUGUUUAAUAUUCAAGUAGAGAAUGCCGUAGAAGGGAAUGAAAAAACAUUUGUCUAUCAAAAUUCAUGGGGCUUAACGACUCGCACGAUUGGAGUUAUGAUAAUGGUCCAUGGAGAUGAUAAAGGUUUAGUAUUACCACCAAAUGUAGCUUGUAUUCAAGCCAUUAUAGUUCCUUGCGGUAUUACAGCAAGUACAACGCCUCAACAAAGAGAAUUAUUGUUCUCUGAAUGUAAUAAAUUAUUGGGUGAACUUUCGAAAGAUUCGCUUAGAGUUAAAGCAGAUUAUCGGAGUAAUCGCACACCAGGUUGGAAAUUUAAUCAUUGGGAAUUAAAAGGUGUACCUGUAAGAAUUGAAGUAGGUCCUAAAGACUUAAACAAAAAUCAGGUCACUUUUGUACGUAGAGAUAAUUCUGAAAGAAUAUUUGCAAAAAGACCUGAUGUAGUCACGGCUUUGCAUACAUUACUGACUAAUAUACAAGCAGAUAUGCUUUCCAAAGCAAAAAAAAACUUGAACGAGCAUAUUAAGCGUGCGGAUAAUUGGAAUGAAUUUUGUUCUUAUCUCAAUGAAAAAAACAUAUUAUUAUCACCAUUUUGUGGAGAAUCAUCUUGUGAAGAUAAAAUUAAACGCGACAGUGCACGAGAGGAUACGGGAGGAGAAAUUGGAACAUUAUCAAUGGGUGCAAAAAGUCUGUGCAUACCAUUUGAACAACCACCUUCAUCAGCAUCUUUUGAUAAACAAACAUGUAUCCACCCCGAUUGUCAGAACAAACCGCAGUUUUAUACACUUUUCGGCCGAAGCUAUUAAAGUAAUCUAAUAUGUAUGCAAAAAUGCGACAAUUAUUACAAUAAAGAUUUCUUUAAACAACA